CUGGAAGUAGGAGGUCCUUUUCCUUGCAGACACCGCCAUGGCCCGAGGACCGAAGAAACAUUUGAAGCGCGUCGCAGCUCCCAAGCACUGGAUGCUGGACAAGCUCACGGGAGUUUUUGCUCCUCGCCCCUCAACUGGCCCCCACAAACUGAGGGAGUGCCUCCCCCUCAUCAUCUUCCUGAGGAACCGGCUGAAGUAUGCCCUGACCGGAGACGAGGUGAAGAAGAUCUGCAUGCAGAGGUUCAUCAAGAUCGACGGCAAGGUGCGCACAGACAUCACCUACCCCACCGGCUUCAUGGAUGUCAUCAGCAUUGAGAAGACGGGAGAGCAUUUCCGUCUGAUCUACGAUGUCAAGGGCCGCUUCACUGUUCACCGCAUCACGGCUGAGGAAGCCAAGUACAAGCUGUGCAAAGUGAAGAAGAUCAUUAUCGGCACCAAGGGCAUUCCCCACUUGGUGACCCAUGAUGCCCGCACCAUCCGGUACCCUGACCCCCUCAUCAAGGUGAACGACACCGUCAGGAUUGACCUGGAGACGGGCAAGAUCACAGAGUUCAUCAAGUUCGACACAGGUAACCUGUGCAUGGUGACUGGGGGUGCUAACUUGGGCCGAAUUGGUGUGAUCACCAACAGGGAGAGGCACCCUGGGUCUUUUGAUGUGGUCCAUGUCAAGGACAGCACUGGAAACAGCUUUGCCACCAGGCUGUCCAACAUUUUUGUGAUUGGCAAGGGUAACAAGCCGUGGGUGUCUCUGCCCCGCGGAAAGGGUAUCCGCCUCACCAUUGCUGAAGAGAGGGACAAGAGGCUGGCAGCCAAGCAGGGGCAGUAACUGUGCCAACGUUGACUGGGCAGCCCUGUACAAACAGCAGAGAUUCAUGAAAUUUGAAUAAAAUGUUAUUUACAAAAACACCA